AUGGAACAAGACACUGACCAACUAUUAAUAGGUAGUUUACAAUAAUUUGGUUUCGACCUUUAAGGAAAAUAAAUAAAAUACCUCCAAGAUAUAGAUGGUGACAUAUUACGUUUAAUAUGUUUUUAAUUUCUCGAAUAUAUGGGAUCAUCAGUUACUUUACAAUCAAUGAAAGGCUAACAAAAGUUCCGUUAAUCUUCCAAGAUAUUCGAAGAAAUGAAGAACUUAUAUAAUCUAAGAAUUGACAUAAAUUCCCUUUUAUCUCCUCAAAAAGAUGAUAUAAGGAAGAUAUUAUUAGCAAUUCUCUAAAAACUAUCAAUGCAUGAAGAAGCUGGAGAAAAUUUAAAUAUAAAUGUAGCUAGAUUAGGUGUCUAAUCAUUCGAUAGUUUUUAGGAUAAAGAAAUAUUGCUUAUAGAUAAAGAUUCUUUAAAAAAGAAACUUAUUAUUUGUGGAAAUAUCUAAAGAACAAAAUAAUUAAUCUAAGAAAACUAAAAAGACGACGAAACUUUCCAAAAAGUUCUCAUUUAAGACCAAUAUGGAAAUGAAAUCGAAAAAAUAGUUCCUUUGGAAGCACUUGAAGAAGAAAAGACAUUAGAAAUAAAAAAAGAAAAAAUCGAGUUGAUAAAAGACAAAGGAAAAAGAAUAGACUAAGAAUAUAGUGAAUUGAUUGCCGAUAUAAAGAAUAAUUACGAAAAAAAAGAAAAACUAGUUGAGGAUUUCAAAAGAAUGCCUUAAAGUGGAAAUAGGCAAUAAUAUGUUAAAAAAAUUACUGAAAUUAAAAAAAACUAUGACAAAUAAAAAGAUGAAAUGGAAAGCAUUGUAAAAGAUGUAAAAUAAAUCGAGGAUGCCAUAUAAUAUUAGUAAAAUGUAUUACAUAGACAUGGUACAGAAUUCGAGAAUUUAUAUAAUAAUAACUCCAAAAAAAAUGAGUCUUUAAGUAAAUAAAUAUUCAAGAUUUAUCAAGAAUAUAGGGCUAUUAUGGACAAAACUAUUAAUAAUUUAAGAGAUAUAGGUGCUAAAAAAAUAGAAACUAGAAAUAUAGAAGGAAAAAUUGCAUAUUUAAGUCAAAAACACUAUGAUAAAAGUAUAGAAAAAUUAUAAUAGGACAUAGAAGAAAUUAAAUAGGAGAACGUUUAACUUUAAAAGAACAUUAAAUGA